GUGAGAGCUGGCUGCUAGCCAAAUUGGUAGACAGUAAUUUACGUCAAUGUUUACGUCCUCAAUUAUUGGUCGUGAGAAAAAUAUGAACAAAGACUGAUUCAACAACCAACCACAACAGACUUUGCGUAGGCGGAUACAGUUAGCAUAUAGAUGAUGUGACAUUCAAGAAACAGCCACAAAGAAAUGAAAGAUUAACUUUCAGUGAGAAAUAACCAAUCAGUAGACUGUAUUUCUGCUAACUAUAAUCUAUAAUGAUGUACAUGAAAAUCUAUAAAUAUGUGUUGAUUUCCCUUAAUAAACGAUCUGUUGCUUAGCCCUUGUCUUCUGUUGUUACAGUUUGACUGAUAUAUGUAGUUGACUUAACUCAUAGUCACUGCAAGAUAUUUUGUAAAUUACAUUAUUUUGUCUAAUUGAGUGGACCUACAUGGUUCUUUUAACUUACAGAGCUUGUCCGACCUGAGUGAGUUUGUAGGUUUGAGUACCACCCUAAUUCCUGCUUUAUUGAGAAUCUUACGUAGGAAGGGUCUCAGAUGUGCUCCCCAUCCUCCCUUAUAUGAUAAAACUGCUGUAGAUGUCUUAUAUUCUUUCUUAUUUAUGUUAUCAUUACUAGUUUCACCAUUAUUUUGCACCAACGCAGGAUAGUUUUGAACACAUGAUAUAGUCACGAUUCAAGAGGAAAUGCUGAUGAGGAAUAUUUCAAUUUUUCAUAAGAAAUAAUUUUAUACAAGAAUUAUUUUACAAUUUUCUGUAUUUAAAAAAAAUAAUUAUUUACAGAUUGACCAAGAAUUCUAUCCGUACAUUACACGUGCAUACGUUUAUCCCUGAUAUGCGUCGUUUACAUUCACAUGGUAAAUUAUCGUUAAGACGUUGUUUGUCUUAUUGGACUGAUGAACACCAAAAAGCUGUAGCACUCGGACUUAAAAACUAUGUGGAUCCUAAAACAGGUUAUACUGUUUUCACUGAAAUUGAACAUUUAGACCGUGGUUAUUGUUGUGGCUCAAAAUGUCGACAUUUUACAAUGAAGAUAUUCAAGUGAAAAGCAACAAGUUGACCGAAGAAGCAUCUAAAGAAGAUGGGGCGUCCUUCAGGUGAACAUAGAUAAAACGGAGGUGAUGAAGAUUCCUGGCCAAUAGCGACAGCAACACUAACAGACAACAAUCAGGCAGAAUAAAUGGGAGGAAUCUGAAAGGAGCAACCUCCUCUACCUACACAUACCUGGGAAGCAUCGCCGUGUCAACUACAGGCG